GUGGACCUGGCAGAGUGGUAAAAUUGGUCCACCUGAGCAGAGUCAUCCUCCUCCACCUCUUACAGUAUAUAAGACCACAAAGUAGGAGAACCCAGUUAGAUACAGACACCAGCAACAAGCAGUGGAACUACCUGCACAGUUCUUUGGAGAGAAAGAAGAAACGGUUAUAACCAUGAAAAGCAUCUACUCCCUGGCUGGCAUCCUUCUGGUCCUCGGCUUCGUCCACAGCAGCUGGCAGGUUCCUCUGCUCGAGGCUGAUGACAGCUCAAGUUUCGAGGCAGACGACACGUUAGUGGCUGAGCCGAGGGAGCUGUCGAACAUGAAGAGACACUCAGAGGGAACUUUCUCAAACGACUACAGCAAAUACCUGGAGGACAGGAAGGCACAGGACUUUGUUCGGUGGCUGAUGAACAACAAGAGGAGUGGAUCUGCAGAAAAGCGCCACGCAGAUGGGACCUUCACCAGUGAUGUGAGCUCUUACCUCAAGAACCAGGCAAUCAAAGACUUUGUUGACAGGCUCAAGUCUGGACAAGUCAGAAGAGAAUCUGAAAAGGACAGGUGGGGUGAAACGCUCAGCAGGAGGCAUGUAGAUGGAAGCUUCACCAGUGACGUCAACAAGGUGCUUGACUCCAUGGCUGCAAAGGAAUAUUUACUCUGGGUCAUGACCUCCAAGCCCUCAGGAGAAAGUAAGAAAAGACAAGUGGACCAAUGAGACUCACACUAAGGGAACCAUCUGUGCACUGUAUACUAAGCCAUACACAGGAGGAACAGAAAGCCAUACUGCUUUGCAUGUUGUAAUGUCACCACUAUAUUUAAAUUUGUAAGUCUUUUUUUUUUUACUUCAUAACUAUAUGUGAUGCAAAGGUACAAAACUACUACUCGUCUGUGGUGUUUGUGGUGCACCAGGGAGAAGAAGUGAAAUUCAGGACAUAUUUUUUCUACAAUUUUAAAUUAUUUUCUAUAUUUAUAAGGUGAAAACAAGAACACAAAAAGUGAAAUCUCAGGUAGAUAGAUAGAUAGACAACACGUGUGGUGUAGUUGGUUUUCAUUGUAUUUUAUCAAUCCGCUCUGCAAAAUAAAGAAUUUCAUUGUG